AUGGUUGAGUUCCUCCUGCUCAGGGGAGAGGGCUAUCUCUCCUCCUACUCCCACCCCAUUCCUCCUCCUCCAUCCACAAACUGGUUUGCAAUUUGUAUCCUCGAGCAUAAAUGGCUUCUGGUGAUAAGUUUUGCAUGCAUGCUUGAAGAUAGAAAUCAUCAGGAUCUUUCAUUGCAUGUAAAUAUAUAUGUUCUGUUAUUUCUUACUGCUAUUGUCAUCUAUUUGAAGGUGGUAGUCUAUGAAGGUGCAAUUAGGGAAAAGCCAUCCAGCAAGGAAGAAGCACGGGAAUUCUUAAAAGGCUAUUCUGGGGGGCAUGCAGCAACUGUGGGAUCUGUUCUUGUGACAAAUCUUAAAACUGGAUUCAGGAAAGGAGAAUGGGACAGAGUGGAGAUCUAUUUCCAUGAAAUACCAGAUGAAGUCACCGAGAAGCUGAUUGAAGAGGGAAUUGUGCUCAGAGUUGCUGGGGGCUUAAUAAUUGAGCAUCCUCUGGUGGGGACAACCGAUAGCGUCAUGGGACUCCCCAAAGCUCUCACUAAAAAACUCAUAGAGGAGGCUCUCUAG